GUGAGCGUGGCAGGCUAUGGGAUGGAUGAAGCUGAGCAGGACCAGUAUGAAGCUCGCCUCAAGGAGCUCUUCGACAGCUUCGACAGCACGGGUACGGGAUCCCUGGGACAGGAGGAGCUCACCGACCUCUGCCACGUGCUGCAUCUGGAAGAGGUGGCCCCGGCGUUGCAGCAGACCCUCCUCCAAGGCAACCUCCUAGGCAGGGUUCACUUUGAUCAAUUUAAAGAAGCACUUAUCCUCAUCCUAUCCAGAACCCUGUCAAAUGAAGAGCACUUCCAAGAACCAGAUUCUUCCCCAGAAGCGCAGCCCAAGUACAUCAAAGGCGGCAAACGCUACGGCCGCCGGUCCCUGCCGGAGUUUCAGGAGUCGGUGGAGGACUUUGCCGAGGUGACCGUCAUCGAGCCACUGAGCGAGGAAGCAUGUCCCCCACGCAUCGCCUCCAGCGACUGCCCGGAGCACUGGAAGACGCGAAACAGCGAGGAGUAUGAGGCCGAGGGGCAGCUGCGCUUCUGGAACCCGGAUGACCUGAAUGCCUCCCCCGGAGCAUCGCUGCCCACCCCGGACUGGAUAGAGGAGAAACUCCAGGAGGUCUGCGAGCACCUUGGCAUCACCAGGGAUGGCCACCUGAACCGAAAAAAGCUCAUCUCCAUUUGUGAGCAGUAUGGGCUCCAAACAGCAGCCGGGGAGGUCCUUGAAGAGGUGCUCCAUAACCUGGAGCAAGACGGCACCAUGAGCGUAGAGGAUUUCUUCUACGGCUUGUUUAAAAACGGAAAGUUGCUGACACCCUCGGCAUCCACUCCGUACAGACAGCUGAAACGACACCUCUCCAUGCAGUCCUUCGACGAGAGUGGACGGCGCACGACCACCCCCUCGGCUAUGCCCAGCACCAUCGGCUUCUGCCUCUUCUCCAGCCUGGAUGAUGGGAUGGGCUACGGCUGCGUGGAAAGUGUCCUUGACUGCUGGCACCAGGAGGGCAUAGAGAACAGCCAGGAGAUCCUAAAGGCUUUGGAUUUCAGCUUGGACGGGAAGGUGAACUUGACGGAGCUGACGCUGGCGCUAGAAAACGAGCUUUUAAUCACCAAGAACGGUGUCCACCAGGCAGCCCUGGCAAGCUUCAAAACGGAGAUCAGACACUUGCUGGAGAGGGUUGACCAGGUGGCCAGAGAGAAAGAGAAGCUGCGGUCAGACUUGGAAAAAGCCGAAAAGCUGAAAUCCCUGAUGGCCUCCGAAGUGGACGACCACCACGCCGCCAUUGAGCGCCGGAACGAGUACAACCUCAGGAAGCUGGACGAAGAGUACAAGGAACGAAUCGCGGCUCUAAAGAACGAGCUCCGGAGAGAGCGGGAGCAAAUCCUGCAGCAGGCUAGUAAACAGCGGCUGGAGCUAGAGCAGGAGAUUGAAAAGCUGAAAACCGAUGAGAACUACAUCCGAGACCGCCUGGCCCUUUCCCUGAAGGAAAACAGCCGCCUGGAAAGUGAGCUCUUGGAAACAGGAGAGAAAAUGGCCGAGUAUGAAAGUCUGGCAAGCAAACUGCAGAGGAACUUGGAAAAUGUCCUGGCUGAGAAGUUUGGUGACCUUGAUCCCAGCAGCGCGGAGUUUUUCCUGCAGGAGGAGAGGCUGGCGCAGAUGAGGAGCGAGUACGAGCGGCAGUGCAGGGAGCUGCAAGACCAGAUAGAUGAGCUGCACUCAGAGCUGGAGGAGUACCGUGCCCAGGGCAAAGUGCUCAGGCCUUCGCUGAAAAAUUCGCUGUCGGAAGAAUUCGACAUUGAUAUGAAAAAUCACGGCAAUAGCGCUAUUGAGCCUGACCAAGGGCUUGGUUCUGAAGACUGCAACCCAUUAAAUAUGAGCAUAGAGGCGGAGAUGGCUAUUGAACAAAUCAAGGAGCAACAUCACAGGGAUCUGCAUCACCUCAAACAGGAGCUUGAAGACACAGUGAGCCAUUACGAGAAGCAGCUUGAUCAGACAAAAAUCCGCUGUGAAAAGGAGCAAGAGGGUAUGAGGAAGAAGCACACUGAAGAGAUGCACGUCAUGGAAAAGCAAAUAACCAGCCUUAAAAAUCAAAUUGUGGAACUGCAAGGAGAGGCAGCAGUGCUCAGAGAACAGCAAGAAAAGCUUGACUGCAAACACAACGAUGAGAAAACCAAAUUGCAAGUGUGUUUUGAUGAGGAAAAAGCCAAUUUGCAGGAACGGUUGAGGCGGGAGCACGAAGAAGAUGUUAGAGCCAGACUGGAACAGGUCAACGAGAAGUUUCGUCAAGAACGGGAAGAACUGAUUCAAAACAGUGUCUGGGUGGAGGAGAAGAUGAGAGUUUUGGUGCAGACGCUGCAGGAAGAGAAGGGAGAGCUGGAACGUGGCUUUCACGAGCAGCUGAAAAGGAUGGCAGAGGUGCAUGCCCUGGAGAAGGAAGAGCUCCAGCAAGAGCUACUGAGGAAUCACGAGCAGGACCUGGAGGAGGAAAGGAGAAAAAUGGAAAGUGACUAUAACAGAAGAGCAUCUCAUGCAGAAACUCAGUUUUCUGUUGACACGCAAACACUUGUGAAUAAAUACGAAGAAACGAUCCAAAAUCUGGAAGGACGUUACCAGCGAGAGUUGCGUGAACUUGCCGAACAGCAAAGAGAGGAGAAAUCUCAGUGGGAGUUUGAAAAGGAUGAAAUUGCUCAGGAGGUCACCGAAGCUCACGAGCAACUGAAGGAAACUCUGGCAAAUGAAAAGGCUGUUUCUUCUGCCUUGACUCAGGAGAAAGAUCUCCUGGAGAAAAACUUCAAGGAGGAAGUGAACAAGCUUGUGUGCGAGAGAGAGCAGCUUCAGAAGGAGCUGCAAGACCUGAGGAAUGCUGCCGAGAAGCAAGAAAAAAAGCUGAAUGAUAAAAUAACACAACUGCAAAAUGACCACAAGAAAGAGCUGAAGAUCAAAGAAGAACGUAUAUCUGUGGUGGAGGAAAAUGGGAAGCUGGUUAGGCAAACGCUGGAGAGGCUUGACAGUGAAUACAAGCGAGAGAAAGAAGACCUCAAUUCCAAACUUCUUGCUUUGGAGAGUUUAAACAAAGACAUUUGUGUAAGAGCAGAAACAGAGAAGGCUGAGAUGAGUUUAGAAAUCUCAAACCUUCAAGGGAAAAUACAGAAACUGCAGUGGGAGACCCACAGCUUUUCUGCACUACAAAAUCAUUAUAGGGUCCUGGAAAACGAGUAUGCCAAAGCGAAGAGCAAAAUUGCUUCUUUCUCUGGCAUGGCACCUCUGGGAGAUGAUGCGGAUGUCCUCUUAAAUCUGCAGAAAGUGCACGAGCAAGCCGUGAAGGAGAACGUCAGGAUGGCUGCUGAGAUCGUGAGGCUGCGGCACAGGUUGGGAGCUGCGCAGCGGGAGCCCGCACAACCUCCCAGUCCUGGCUGCUCCGACUCUGACUCUGAAGGAUCUCAGCCGUCAGAUGAAAUCGAUCCCAUUUUUGAAGGGUUGCCCAGUGAUUGCAAAGAGGCAGAUAAGAGACCCAAUUCGAAUGUCCUUCCCCUUUUGGAUGCUUAUACUUCAGACCUAGAAGAAAUGACUGAGAUGGAUUUGGAUUUGGAGAAAGCGUGGAGUAAAGCCAGAGCAGAUGACCACACUCUCAAGGUGCAGGUGAGUCAGAUGCAAGGAAGUAAAGCAGUGCUGGAAGCUAAGAGCCAUCAGGAUUGGGACAAGAAUGAAGAGCUGCUCUCUUGGGUGCCUCUGCUGCAAAAAAAGAGAGAUCUCAAGAAAAAUCUCUCCAGAGUUCCCAGGCUGAAAAUGCUGCACAGUGAUGUUAAACAGCACAAGGUUCAUCUGCUCAAUCAUGGAACAUCUCCCAGAAAUAAAGGGUUUCUUUCAAAGCUGCAGGUUGAGCUUGAGAAAGCUGAAGAGCUCAGUGGAUCCUCUCUCGAGCUUGAUCAUGCUCCUGGGUCAACAAUCAGUUAUCUGAAAAGCAUAAUAGCACAGCUUUGGAAAAGGGUCAAAGAGUUAGAGCACAGAUCAAUGGAACAGGCUAAACUUCUGUCUCUGCAAGAAGAAAUUCAGGUGGAAAAUGAGGAUCUGAAAUCUGAAAUGUUAAAGCUAGUUGAAAAAAAUAAAGCUCUAGAAGACAACCUGCAUAAGCUGGGAAGCCUCCAUUGCAAGCUAGAAGAAAGUAGCAAAGUGGAAAGCAUGAAGCUCGGAGAGGAAAACAUGCAGUUCCUCCAAAAAAUUAAAGAACUGGAAGAUGUCCAAGAACCAGAUGCACAAGGCAAUGUAGACGCACACAGUGAAAAGUUCAGACUGCGAUGCCGACUUGGGAAGCUGGAAGAUCACACCACCGCUUUUACAGGUCAGCAAGACAGGCGUGCCCAAAGCGACAGCGCGGUGAUGGAAACAUUGGCCGAAAAGAGGGAGCUGCAAGAGCCCAGCAGAAAGCUGAAGGAGAAAGCUCCUGCUCUGGUUAACCCGCCCGACGUGCGUUUCCACGGAGAGCGAGAGGAGAGGAAUGCGGUGACACACGGCUUACAAAGCGCGUGCGCUGAGCUGCAGCAAAAAGUUGAUCUCCUGAGAUGUGAAGCUGAGAAGCUCAGAGAAGAAAAUGCUGUUCUGAAGAAUGAAGUGACUUUAUUAAAUGAGGAAGGCACUGCUUCCAGCCUGAAGCUGAGGGAGCUAAAUGGAUCCCGAGAAGAAAUGCGGUAAGAACUGAGCAGAGCACGGACCUGCGAGUAUGCCUCCUGGCUCUCGCUGCA